AUGGCCAGCACUAAAAAUGAACGUACUUUUAUUAUGGUAAAACCCGAUGGUGUGCAACGUGGUGUUGUUGGAGAUGUUAUUCAUCGAUUUGAACAACGUGGUUAUAAACUAGUCGCACUUAAAAUGCUUCAGGCACCGAGAGCUUUACUCGAAAGUCAUUAUGAAGAACAUAAAGGCAAGAAAUUCUAUGAAAUACUAUUAGCAUAUAUCGGCAGUGGACCUGUUGUUGCUAUGGUAUGGGAAGGCUUAAAUGCUGUGUCCGUUGGUCGUAAAAUGCUCGGCGCUACUGAUCCAGCAAAAUCUGAACCUGGUACUAUUCGUGGUGAUUUCGGCAUUGUUACAGGACGUAAUAUUGUUCAUGGUAGUGAUUCAGAAACAUCUGCACAACGUGAAAUUGCCUUAUGGUUUAAACCUGACGAAAUCAGUCAAUGGACACAUACAGCGGAACAAUGGAUUUAUGAAUAG